UUUAGCUACUGCUGAACAGUUUGUAGAGUGUCAAUAUGAAUUUCUAUAGAAAUUUUUUUAAUUUAAUUUUUUGUAUUAAAGUUUCCAGUUUUUCACCAAUUCAAGAUUAUAUUUCAUGUCAGGAAGCAUUGACAAAAACUGAACAAGAUGGAUCCUACUCAAUAAAACCAAGAUUAAAUGGGCAAACAGCCAAUGUUGUAUGCAAUAGAAUAAAUUCAACACAUGGUAUUGCAAUGUUGAGCAACAGUAGAGAAAUUGAAAAGGUAUUAUCAAAAACAUAUGAAACUAAAUUUCACAUUGAUAGAAUUACCUAUGGAAAUUUUAAUGAUGAUGAUAUCAAAGAAUUUAAGAAGGGAAUGCUAAGUUGUUCUCAAAGAAUUUCCUACAAGAAUCGAGGAGCUAGUCUAAUAUGGCAAAAACUUUUAUUUUAUGAUGGAACAUUCUUUUCAAGCUUGAAUGAUGGUCAAGAUGGAAUAUGCAAAUGCUUCGUUCGAACUGUAUGUGAUAAUAAUGGUGAUCCUCAAUCAAUUUGUACAAUGACUGGAGUGAAUGGGGGUAGUGAACAAACUGAGGAAGGAGAAUUUAGCGUUAAAGAAGAUAGCUUGCCACUAAUUGAGAUUCACACUGCUGAUGUAGGAAAUACUAAUGAGGCAGUACGUUACACUUUAGAAAAAUUUAAAUGUACUUUUCAAUUUAUGACCUUUAACCUCUUUACAACUAAAAAUACAACUUGCCUAAAAUCUGACCAGUUGACAGCAUUAAACGACAAAAAUAUUGCAACUUGUAUUUCAAUUCCAAUUGAGAAUACUAUUCAAUUGGACAGUAAUACAGAAUUUGAAUUUGGAGAAAUUCUAACAAAAUUAACAUUCUCCUGCAAAUCUUAUAUUGAAAUAUUCAUACAAAAAGAAACUGAUAAAAAACUUAUUUGUUCAAUAUUUGCAAACUGCAAAUUUGAAUGUCCAGCAACUCAAUCUAUACAUUUUAGAAUGUUUAAAUCAAUGGAAAUUUGUGAUAUUCUUUUAUAUUAAUGAAAUAUUACUUAUCAUCUUUAUUUAGCUACA